AUGGCGAAUCCUUUCUCAAUCAAUCACGGUCACCACCACGACGGUCCUAAGCUUACCGUGCUCAAGGAGCCAACGGGUAGGGAGAUCAAGCUGAAAUACAAAUUAGGUCGCGAGCUAGGUCGUGGAGAGUUCGGUGUUACGUAUCUAUGCACAGACAUCGAGACCGGAGAGGUUUUCGCAUGCAAAUCAAUCCUGAAGAAGAAGCUGAGGACAAAGGUUGAUAUAGAUGACGUCAAGAGGGAAGUGGAGAUCAUGAAGCAUAUGCCUGAUCAUCCCAACAUCGUCACGUUGAAGGAGACCUACGAGGAUGAUAAAGCUGUGCAUUUGGUUAUGGAGCUUUGUGAAGGCGGUGAGCUUUUCGAUAGGAUUGUGGCCAGAGGGCAUUACACGGAGAGAGCUGCAGCUUCGGUGAUUAAGACAAUCAUGGAAGUUGUUCAGAUGUGCCACAAGCAUGGAGUAAUGCAUAGAGAUCUAAAGCCUGAGAACUUCUUGUUUGCAAACAAGAAGGAAAAUGCAUCUUUAAAGGCGAUUGAUUUUGGUCUCUCUGUUUUCUUUAAACAAGGUGAGAGAUUUAACGAAAUCGUUGGGAGUCCUUACUACAUGGCUCCAGAGGUAUUAAGGCGGAAUUAUGGACCAGAAAUCGACAUUUGGAGCGCAGGCGUCAUUCUUUACAUAUUGCUCUGUGGUGUUCCUCCUUUUUGGGCAGAAACCGAACAUGGAGUGGCAAAAGCGAUUCUUCGAUCUGUAAUUAAUUUCAGAAGAGACCCGUGUCCUAAAGUUUCAGGAAAUGCAAAAGAUCUGAUCAAGAAGAUGCUUCAUCCUGACCCAAGGCGUCGUCUUACAGCUCAACAAGUGCUUGAUCAUCCAUGGAUACUGAAUGGUAAGAAUGCUCCCAAUGUAUGUUUGGGUGAAACCGUAAGAGCAAGACUUCAGCAAUUCUCUGUUAUGAACAAGCUCAAGAAAAGGGCACUCAGUGUUAUUGCUGAGCAUCUUUCGGUUGAAGAAGCCUCCGGAAUAAAAGAAAGAUUCCAAGUAAUGGACACAAGCAACAGAGGAAAGAUAACAUUCGAUGAGCUAAGAAUCGGACUGAAGAAACUCGGGAUUGUCAUUCCACAAGAUGAAGUUCAAAUCUUGAUGGACGCGGGAGAUAUUGAUAGAGAUGGAUAUUUAGACGUUAAUGAGUUUGUAGCCAUAUCGGUACACAUCAGGAAGAUGGGCAACGAUGAGCACUUAAAGAGGGCAUUUACGUUCUUUGACAAAGACAAUAGUGGUUAUAUUGAAAUAGAGGAGUUGCGAGAGGCUUUGGCAAAUGAGCUUGACACUAGUGAAGAAGUUGUGGAAUCUAUCAUCCAAGAUGUCGAUACCAAUAAGGACGGAAGAAUAAGUUAUGAAGAGUUUGUAACGAUGAUGAAAACGGGAACGGAUUGGAGAAAAGCUUCGAGGCAGUAUUCGAGGGCCCGGUUUAACAAUCUUAGUCACAAGCUGAUGCAAGAUGGGUCAUUGCUUUCUAAUGGGGAUGCAAAGUAG